AGGACCCGUAUGUUUUGGUGUACAGGUUGUCUUGGUUUUUCUCCUAAGUUAUUUUAUCGUAAUGAAUAUUUCAUCGACAGAUAUAGUCAGCGAAGUUAGUUUCAUUUGAUCUCUACUCGUUGAUUAUUCCUUUGUCUAGUAAAAUUGUUGCGGGUCUUGGGUUACGUCCUUUGGUAACUCGAGUUUCCCCUGAGAAUCUGAGAUCCUUACUACACUACACCACGCUUUCAAUUGGAACAGAACAGCAGCCAAAUCAACAAGUUUAAAGUUUGGACUUAAAUGACAGGUAGGAAAGAGAGGUCGAGAGAAUCAAAAGUAAGGUUAAUUAAGUAUACAUUUCCGUUGCUAUCGCGUUCUCUACCCUUAGAUUAUCAUUCAGUUCCAGUUUUACUAGUCGCUAGUUAUACUUCACUAGAGACUCUUUCUAUUGCCUUUUAACCCUUCAAGCCCUAAGAGUGAUCAGCAUCAAAUUUCUCCUUGUAAUAUCAAUGCUUUGUAAAACAAAGUGGUCAUGAGAAUUACGGACAAGAUCACACAAGAUGAAUUUGCUUGAUACUUUAUCAACUUCUCCCCACUACUUCUGUAGGAAAUGAAUGGGGGCAACAAAUGAGAAUUCAAAUUUUGAACUUAGGAUUUAAAGGGUUAAUGACGCAUCAUUAUCUCCUCCUUCAGCUGAUCUGGUUUAAUGAUAUUUUCCCUAAUAUGCUUGAAACGAUGACCUUCUUCAGUUAAAGAUAAAAACGAAGCGAUUGUGCCAAUUAAAGUAUAAACUGUAAUCAAAAGCCUUGAACAUAUAUUAGUAAGGGUCAAAGGAAACUUGACACGUUUGGCUUACCAAUUAUAGCACAAACCAAUCCAGUCGUUUGGUUAAAUGCGAUUGUAUUCUGGUGCAUUGUUCCGCUCUCCUAUUUCCGUUUUGUGUAAGGAACUUUUUUGCUGGAAAGGCACUGCUCCAAAGAUUUUCAGGACAAUUGUUAUUUUGCCUCGUACAGGGUGAAGCCGAGGUAUAAAAAGCUAUGCGAGAUACAACCGGCAUUACUUUGCUGGUGUUGUUAGCGUCUUGUGCCACCUGUCAAGGUUGGUUAAUUUUGCAUUAUUAUUUCCUAUUACUCCCUUGAAGUCUUAUUCAUCGUACCACUAACCAACAAGCAGGAAUUCUGUUACAUUUUACAUGUUUCCAGUUCUAUUUCUCGUCCCUCGUCCCCCCACCUCCCUCCCUCCCCUCCGGGUAUGGGGUGGAUUAUCCUGAGAAUCAUGCAAAUCAGUGCCGGGUUACUAUGGAGACAUAGAAGACACUUGCUCGCAAUCAAAAGCGUCAACUUAUACAUGUGCGUUCAAAAUUACGUCUGGUUAUACACAAGAGAGAAUUAGCUCAUUCUCUCUUGUUAAACAGAUUAGCUUCCUUCACAGUCAUGCGCCUCGCCCUACGGUUACUUCCCUACACGCGGUUUUGCAUUUUUUAUUCGCACAACAGCAGAAUUUUUGCAACAGCAUAGAGGGCAAGCCUUCCUUCUCACUGCAGAGAGAGACGUUGAACCAGACAGCUAUUUACACCAACCUUUUCUCCGCGACUGAGGCAGCCGCUUAGAAAUUUUAGGGUGUAUAGUGGGACACGUUCUGCUCUCCUUGGACAUCAUGAAUGGAAAUUGAAGACCACUCCUCCCCUUAAAAUGGCACUUUAGGUUUGACCUUCGUGCAGGGUCAGUCUCCGGCCGUGGGUGUCUCGAUGCGCCCGCGGUACUCCCGACCGAGGGAGGAGAGUCGGGUCGGGAGUACCGUGGGCACAUCGAGACAACCACGGCUGGAGAAUGAGCUUAGCCCUCGUCCAACGCCAUCCUUAAUUUCAGGUGAACGGGGGGUUACUAAUUUCUUUUUGUUCAGUCCAAGACUGCAGCUUCAUCACCGCUUGCAGGCUAGCAGUCAUUCGGACAACUUUUUAGUACUGACUUGGUGUUCAACAGAAUAUGUAGGUUGCUAUAAAGACUCCGAUCCCCGUGACCUACCACAGCGAUUGCACGACCGGGAAGUGACAGUCAGCUCUUGUGUGAAGAACUGCAAGGACUUGUUUUACAGAUACGCUGGUAUACAGUUCUCGUAUCUCUGUUUCUGUGGCAACAAACGUGGAAGGUAUGGUCAACUGCCGGAAUGGAAGUGUUCUAGUGAGUGCGCAAGCAAAAAGGAUGAACAUUGUGGCGGAUACUGGAGCAACUCAAUCUAUAAAACAGGUGCGGUAGGGAAACUAAACUCAAUUUUUUUUUGCAUGCCAAACAAUCGCUAGCCUGAAUUUCAGCCGUCUCCUCUAGUCGCAAGCUUCCGAGAGAGACUCUCUCCUGGGUUUGCGACUCGAUUCAGGUAAAACAUUCGCCGAAUUUGAAAGGCAGCCAUCUUGUUUUUAUCAGUGGAGAACGAAAACUGCGGAGUUGCAAAUUGAUUGUAGAGAAUUUACUUUGAGGCGGGGAUCUCGACUAUCGAAAAGGAAUAUAGGGGCGUGAAAUCCAUACGGCAAUGAUUUGACUUAUGAAACAAAGUGUAAUACUAAAGAAUUUGUACUCUGUAAAAGUAGGAAAACUAUUGUAGUAAGCCUUGAAAUAACUACGUCCUAUACGUUUCUUCACAUGUUACUAAGCUAAUAACGUUAAGAAGACGCGCACACUGUAUUUGUAUAUUGUUCCUCUUUUCUAAUAUUGGAUAAAUGGUUCCGCUAAGCCAAACUAUUUUGCCCUUUCCAAAAUCACAGCAGAGUUUAGUUAGAGCCUGUAUGAUGUGCUCCGCAGGCGAGCCCUAGCGACUGUGGCAUAUAAUUACAUCCUGCAGUUGAUUCUUCUUGAAUUUUUCUCUUUGAAAAUUCACGUUAUAAACUCACUGAGAGUAUUGAUUUCUUUUUUUUCUUUUAUCUACAGGCUAUGAUCCACCAGGUGGAGUAAAGAUUACUCCUUUAUUAAAAGCAGCUCUGAAUGACCUAAAACCACGAGCUAACGCUACUAAACACAAGGUAGCUCUAAAGCUAUUACUAAAAAGUUGUACACAGGAGUUGUUGUCUCAUUUCUUCUCUAAUUGUAUUAAACGCAUAUUGCUAACUGAAGGAGAUCAUGGGUAAUGAGGACAACUACUUUGAUCGUUGUUUAAAAGCUUUUGUCUUAGACCUCAAACUGGCGGAAAACGUCGUUUCGCCAAUAUAAUUUUAUCGACUGGAAUAGAUUUGGCCGUACGGGGGCGCAAGUGCUAGCUAAAGAAAAUUGAGUUUUGGUCCUCUUGUUCUUAUUGCGCAGCAUCCGCGCCCGGCCAAAACUUCAUUAAACUAAAAUAUAUUCAAUAACAGAGGAAUGCCAGCCUCCUUUCCAGGCCAAUUCGCGUUGUCCAAGUGAACGUAGGAGGCUUGGAACCGGGCGCGAUAGCACGAAUUGUUCUUGACGUGCAAAGUCACAUCGGAACUGGCCGAGGAGGCUGGAAACGAGGCUGAAAGACGGCUGUCAGAAUAAAGUCAACUCUCGCUCUCUCUGUUAACUACACUGUUGCUUUUCUGCCAUUUUCAUUGACUAUGAUAAUUUCUAUCAUUCGUUUAUUUUGUGCUUUGCAGGGACAUAAAGCGUUGAAAAAGGACCAUUAAUUAGGGCACACAGUGUACUCCAUCAACGUAGAAUAUAAUCCAACUGGACUCGAGAUUUCAUCAGUCACCACUGAAAACUGUACGAAUUUGAAGAAUAUGUACAUCGGUUAAAUAUGGGAAGAAAGGUUGAAUAAAACGAGCUUUUUUUGUUUUUGGAAAGUUUGUUUAUUUUAGUUGUUGUGUUUAUAAUUAUAUGAACCUCGUCCCCCGGGGGCCCCUGGCUUUUCCCUUAGAAUAUUGGCAAUAACCCAGGUGACAAGGUUGUUUAUAUCCCCCUUUAACGUUAUGGCGAGGGGGGAGGGCAAAUGAUGGUUAUUGAACUUCAAAUAAAACUAGAAGAUCUAUACUCGAAAGUUAUUUCCAUUCGCUCCUGGUACAAAUUUGACAAGAACGCAUUGUAUUAAAUCAAAAGACUAGACACUGUUACUUCGUCCUUUUCAGCCCUCUUGCUGCCCGCAUUGCUUUCCCUAAGCUUGCAUCCCUCAUACUCUCUCCUCCAUGGAAGCUAAUGCUGGGUAUACCAAUGAAAAUAGUAAGAAUCGAAAAAUAGCAAGAAAGCGGGUCUCUUUCCCCUUCCCAUCGUCGGCCCGCACGAUUUCUUUUUUUCCUCUCCCCAGCCUCCUUACGACACAAAGAGGCCUCGGCUGUGGAGGGAGUCCCUCAAAACAAAUAAGUAGAGACUGGGAACCAAUCUUCUUCGUUAAGACAGCUGAAAGGCGCGCGCGUGCGACAGCAGGCAGACAACACAAGCCUCUGAAUUUCUGAAAACUCUCCUCUUGGGUCGCAACGUAGAAAUUCAAAUUUACUUGAUACAGGGGAAUCUUGUUAGGUAGUGAAUUCCAUGGCAACCAUUCAGCGCCAACAAUAACGAGGUUGUCUCCGUUUACAUUAAAGACCGAGGUUUUAAUAGUUUUGCAUCUAACACGAUAAAACUGUCACUUAAUGAAACAAAAUGGAGUAGUUUGCUAGCCAGGACCCGCGCUCUUAUUCUUUAUAUUUCGAUUUGAAUAAUUGAUUUCGGGCCCGUAAAGUUACCGGGACUUUCGAGAAACGGGCCCCAGGUCUCCUUCGUUUUCUAGUGUACGACUUUGUGUAAAGAAAGAAAAAGGGAAUGACCUAAAUCCCCCUUACCCUCUCCCCCACCAUGCAUCCCUCCAGGGUGAGGAGUGCUGUUUAUUCAUAAAAUAGAUUUAACCUAUUGUUAAAUUGGCAAAAUCCUUGAAUAAAUGACAUUGAAACUAUUUGCAAGGAAGAAUACAUGAAAUCAUGUUUAAAACUGAUUAUGUGGCAAACAUCAAUGAUAAAAAACAAAGUGCUGCAGUUUAUGUUCAAAACGUGAAAUGCACAAUCCUUUGUUUUCUGUUGGCAAAUUGUUACGGAAUAAAUUAAUGACAUCAAUACAAUCAAAAAAACUCUUUUUGAACGUUGGAAGGUCCACAAAAACAUAUAACAAAGGAGUCUGACGGGUUUCAUAACCAUUCCACUCAAUUAACUAUGAUGAAAUUCAUAUAUUCAACAUUUGUUCUGUAAAUUAUUUGCCUGGGCCUAAAAGUCAAAGGGAGGAAGCCAAGAAAACAGGGGCUGGAAAAAUGAAUGAAAGGGUACGAGAGGCGAGAGGAUUGUACCCCCUGUCUCUUCCGAGCCUCGAUCGUUCUCUCUAUGGAUGUUUAGAUUCGAGACUGUCAAUAUGCGCUUACCGUUGUUGUUUUUUCUUUUCAUUGUAUGAUUUAACGGUUGAUUUGCGUGUCAAUUUAAGUCGAACUCAAUCAAAAGCAUGUAAUAAAAAUGUCAUGAACAACAAUAGAUGUGCCAACCUUAAUUAACCUACAAACAAAGAAGUUAUUCAACUAUUACGUGCUAAUCGAAGUGUUGGUUCAAUGAUUUGUAAACUUUUAAAAAAUGUUCAGAGAACCAUUUCGCCAUCUUGAGUUGACUAGAUUUUAUUUUGUUUAAUUAUUUUGACUCACCCUUUUCAAUCGGUAAACUUUGAGUAAAAAUAAAAAGAUCAAAGGACAAAUUAGUGAUAGUUUAAUCGUUUUCUUAUGCUUUUUACGAGUAAGAAACGCGUCGACCCAUUAAGUACCCAAACUGUAUAGCAAUGACCCAUGUUAACUUGUAAACUGUAAAUGACAUUACGUUUUCAUAUUCAUUCUUUAAACAAUUGUUUUAUUUUUUUGUUUUAUUUUCUUUGUUUUCAAUAAAAAUUAUAAGGCAAGGUCGGUGGAAGCAGGUCUUUCUUACAUGACCGCAAAGAUUUCACUGGUCCGAAGUAUAAAUGUUUAAUAGCCCUGCCUCAAGAUGGCAACCAAAACUCUUCGAAGAUAUCAUUAAUAUUGAAUUUCUUUUGUUGUCAGGAAAAAAACGCUAAGAAACGCAAGUUCUUUAAUCGAGGGACCAAAACAGGAAAUUAUAGCUGAUUUCAAAUGACUUGAAAAUACAUUGUGUGGAAGAGUUGCGUUCCAAAACCUGGGAUUUCGUUAGGACAGAAGUCAGUGCUUUUGCAAAAAAAGGUAAGAUACAAUUCAAGCUGUUUAGUUAUCUAUUGUCUAAUAAAUUAGAGCCAAAGGCUUUCCGGUCCUAUCUUGAAGGGGUUAGAGCCUAAAAUCUCUUAAAAAUUUUUCAGUGACGCUUUUCCCCUUCACAUUGAGUUUCACAUGAUAAAUCAAAUGAGAGAUAAAAGAUUUCCGAAGGGUAAAGUGAAAAAUAAAGAAAACUGAAGUUAUACUUGAAAGUAUUUUGUCAACAAUUCAAUUCUCGAAACGAAUUCGAAGAUUCUUCUCUUUUAAAGUGAUGAAUAAGUAACGCUAUGAGUAGUUCAUCCAAAUAAGGCUUCCUUUUAAACUGAGUUUAAGGAAUCAAGUACUUAGUCAAGUUAAUUGAACGAAUUUCCGACAUAAAAACAGUUCAAUCCGGGUUUUAAAUUUUAUGAAUUUUGACUCUUGACUUUAACCUGCCGCUGUUUAAAUUUCCGCCGCCAUCUUGAUGGCUUGGCCACAACGGCUUACUCUGAUUAAAAUAGUGCCUUAUUUAGAUGAGAAAUGGUAUCUUGCAAUUUUCAGAACACGUUUUAGAGAUAUAGGUAUGUUCCUCUCCAUCAGAUUUAUUAAGAGAUUUCUUGGUUUUGUACAAAGUUGAGCUCAAAUUGCACUUGCGCAGAACGCCCAAAACAUCAUUUUCGCGCGGAAUUUUUUUAAAUGCCGCUACUUGGAUAUUUGUGUAGUAUUCAUUUGCAGCAAUUCUAGGUCCUAUCAUCGAGAUCAAAUCUCGAAAAUUCAAAAUAUUGAAGAAGUAGUACACCUUUCAAUUUCGGUUUUAAAUCAGUCCAGGUUCAGUGAUCACCAACAUAGUAAGGGAGCGGUCAUUAACUAUUGGGGGGGGAGGGUCGGUAUUAUUUCAAAGGUUAGAGCCCAAAAAUGUUAGCCCCUCUCAGGUUAACAGCCCAAAAAUCUUGGCCCCCUUUAAAAUGUGAGCCCAAAAAAUUGUAACCCUCCCCUGUGAAAAACUUUUGAUUUUUUUACGAACGUUAUUUUGAGACAAUUAUUUCACUGGAAUAAGAAAAAAGUGUUACUAUUUUAAUACACUAUUUACAAAACCCAAUGGUUCACCAAGUAAAGGGAACCCGUACAUUAAACAGCCCCGUUGUUACUCAUUGAAUUCCUGUUUUGUAGUCAAUUUCAAGAGUGAACAAAUUGUGCGUAUUUAAUAACGGAUCAGCGAGAGCUGUCUCUAUUCAAGGGAAGUCCGCAGCUCUUGCUUGACCCCUCCAGGUCCUGCAAGUUCGGCCAUAUCGUGUGGUGUGCAAAAGAUUUUCAAAGUUAUUUUCCUGCUGGACCGAUUCGUCUUCCUCCUGGUCCUCAUCAGAAUCCUCACUGAUGUCAUCAUCGCUAUCAUCCUCUCCGAUUUCGUCCAAGACACCAUCAUCAUUGCCAUCAUCAAUGUCAUCAUCAACAUCAUCGUCACAAUCGCUGUCAUCGAGAUUUUCGCUACCUUCAAUUAUCUUCUUAGCAAUGUCUAUGGUUAUGAGGUCUAUUUUUUCUUGCUUCAGUGCUCCUUUGGAAUGCUUUAGCUUCCUUUCCAUGACAUACAGGUCUAAGAUCUUAACUUUCAGUUUCUUUAGCGUUCCUUCUCGAUACAUUGCUUCAAUGAGAAGGCGGUAAAAAAAAUUAGAGAGCAAUUAGCGCAACUGAAAUCUGUAAAGGAUCCUUCUAAGGCUGGAUUUCUUCUAAGAGAAAACCACAUUCUCAAGCCACAUGAUUCAACGACCAUAACGCAGAACAUGUUACACAUAAAGAGGGUCGAAACUUCAAUCGAAACUUUACAAAAAAACCUAAAGGAACACUUAGAAAGAACAAUCCAUUCAUCAGGUAGAGUUUUAACAGGACAUAAAACUGCACAUGACUUUGAUGAGCAAAAGCUAACCGAAUUGCAGGGUUUUAGAAAUGAAUUACACAGUUUAAUAACUAGUCUAAGUCAGCUCCAAGAAACCUGCAAAGCAGCAUUUAAGCACCCCUUUUCUGCAAUGAAAAGAAAAUCAAGAAAAAGGAAACAAAAUACCCAAAAAGAGUGUGAAGCGGAAAAAAGGCGAGGCAUGUGGCCAGGACGACUGAGGUUCUCAAGAAGAUUGCGCCUGAUUGGUCGGAGGGUAAGAUUUGUGAGAAGGAGGAUUUGUGCGGAGACAUCGUAAAAGAACUUGGAAAAGAGAGCAGAAAUGGGCGGUAGCUUUGAUGUUUGAUCAGUGCGAACUUUUGAAUGACAGCGCGAAAUCAGAGCUUAGAACAAUGUUAGGGUUUUCUGAAAGUGAGAGUAGCUCUAAUGCAAGUGACGGCGAUGAAAGUAGCGACCAAGACAACCUAAGUAGCAUCAAUGACAGCAAAGACAGUGAAAGAAAUAGCGAUGACGGGGCCGAUGAUAGUGAUGUAACUGAACAAUGUCAGGAGAAGGAUUCGGGAAGUGUCUUUACUGCAGUGGAAGCAUACGACAGCAGCAGUGCAGAAGACAUUGGCCCCUACUGGAACACAAUGGAAUGCACUCCUUACUAUGAGCCCAUUGAGUAGUCGUUUAUACAUCUUCACUGGACAUUGGCAAUAUGUUUGAUACCGUUACUGUUUAAGACUGAUUGAGUUUUAUAGCAUACCAGAAUUUGUUGAUUUUUUAAAAUAACAAUAAAUCAAGUGAUGUUUAUAAAAUUGUUCUGGGUGUGAGCUUUUUCACUGUGCAAUUAAGCUUUGAGUAUACGAUUCUAUGAAGAUUCUCUUGCCAUGCUAAAGUCAAUAGCACAAAACCCAUUUGUGCACAUCGCCCAAAGUUUUAAUAAAAGGCGCCCAGAAAUUGUAACCCUCCCCUAUAAAACGUGGGCCCAUAAAAUUAUGGCCCACCCCAAAUGGGCGCCCAAAAAAACACAGCCCUCCCCCAAAAUUUACCAGCCCUCCCCCCCCAAUAGUUAAUGACUGCUCCCUAAGCAAAUUAAAAGCGAAAUUUCAGGUCUCCUUGUCUCAUGCAACAUAAACACCCAAUCUAUCGGUGUUUCAACAGUGUAUUUGUAAUGGGGGAGUUCUGAGGGACUCCUGUACUGAAUAAGGAUUUCUACAUAACUGUUUUCUGGACGCAGCUCGGUAUAAGUCAAAAUACCACACAAGAGAGCCGGGAGAGGAGAAUCAAGUUGAUUUAGAAACAGGUAGCACCAAGAAUAGAGAACCUGCCAAGUCAGUGUUCUCUUGCAUGUCAUUAAUUCGUAAAGAGUUCCAGAUCAUUGUAUAGCGGCCUUCGAUGGCAAAGCCUUUGGGUUUCUGGGAUAAAUUUGCCAUCACUGAAAUGUAUUAACAAACGAUUCGGCGCCAUUUUGAGUUCAGGACUUUUGACUGGUUAUUUAAAAAUCCGGAUUUUACAAGGUUUGUAGCUGUCUUUGUUCUUUGUCGAGAAAAUGGGAAUCGAAUCAGUGUGGAGUUACAAGGAUUUCUACCCUUUGUCGUAACGUAUUAACUUAUAUAUUUUUGUAAAUGACUAGUGAGGCAUUAGCAAGCUUAUAUGGCUAAAAAAAAAAUUGUGGUGUUUACGGAAAUUCAUUUUAAAUAGUUUUAAAUAAAUUUAAGAACUCCGCGGCUAGCUCUUUUCUAUGAUUGUAAAGUCAACUUUAAAUAGAUGUUACUGAGUGGCUAACACUACUGACGUUACUUCUACCAGUAAUAUGGAGAAAACUAUUCUGCCUUUCCAGAAAGCAAAAUGGUUUCCAUUUGAUUCCUAGAAUGAUUGUUUCUGUUACAUGUUCGCUCACAUGUAAAAUAAUACAAGAUAACUGAUAGACAGGGGAUGUCUGGUCGCAUAAAAAGUUUUCUUGGUCUUAUGUGACCACGAUUUUUCAACAAACUACCUGUAGUUAAAGCCCUCCCUAAUGAUGUUAAACUAUUGUAUUAAAUUUGUAUCGAUCCGUGAUUUUUUAAUAUCUAGAAAUUUCAUAACUUUCCGGACUUUUGGAGAGCAAAUUUGUUUAUUUCGCGGGCGAAUGCAUUUUGUAAUAUAAGUACACUCAGUUGUUUAAGCGCUCCAUUAAUCACAACUCAACAAUGAAACAGGAACUUCAUUGGAGCGUACACUAGCAUGCAGGGGGUCUUUUUGGAACUACUUCUACUUGAUAUUUUACAGUUCUAUGAUCUGAAUUUCAGACAAUUUUGACUAGGACAUUAAAGCCUCAUGGAAUUUUCACACUUGGCGGAUAAACAAUUUUAUUUUUCUUUAGUAAUAACAAUAUAGAUUUCUGAAUUAAAAAAGGCAAUAUACUGCUCUGAAGAAAUAGGAGAUUCUUUUACCGUAGGUUGAUCAUAACUACACAGUGACGUUCUAACAGCUCUUAUCUUGCAGUUUUUAUCAAUACUUUUUUACAGCUAGUAGGGCCCGCUGCUAACCAACGCUCUAAGUUUGAUAUCAUGAGAAAAACGCGUGCGCGUGAUCAAUGUAUGAAUUCUCCGUGAGCUUGGUCCUAAACGUUUUAAAAGUCAGACUACUGACAGUGGUUCACUUUAUUAAGAAACGUCAGUAAACGGCUGGGAUUCAUACCCGGUGAUCGAAAAAACGCGCGCAUUAUCACCCCUCACUCUUAACUGCUUGAUCUGGAUCAUGCAUGCGUGCAUUCUUUUUAGAAACUUAUAUUUUUAUUCAUCUGGAUCAUAAAACGUCAGUUCACCGAUAGGAUAGUCGUGCUUUGCGCCUAAUAUCCAGUGUAAACUUUAAUAAGCUUUACAACUUCUUUACCUUGAAUGUGAGGUUUUAUGCACUUUUCGGUUACUUUGCUUAUAAUCUUAGUUUAAGUCAGUUUACCACAUUUGUCUCUUCUCCUUAUCGAAUGGGAAGAUGAUACAAUCAUAGCUUUGAAACCUAUGUGCAAUGUCCUGCAGUACCUGCUUAGGUGUCACUUAAAACUUAACUGACGUCUUAGUACCUUCUCUACGCAGGAAGUAAAGAGGAAAUAACGAAGAAAAGAAGGACGAGUACACAGUAAUGGGGCUCUCUUGGGUCCUUCUUCUCUUGACAAUCCUCCCAUGGAUGGCUAAAACAAAAGGUAAAAUAUUUAAAGAAACACAGGUCUGGAAAAAGCUCCGUUCCUAUUGAGAACAAUUAAUUAAGCCCAAAAUCCCUAGCGAAGUAGACCCCUCAAAUGAAAUACUGAAGAAUUGUACUUCUGUGGUCUUAUUUCGACAGAUCUACACUACAUAGGAUGUUUUAAAGAUAGUGACCCGAGGGAUCUCCCUCAACGUGUUCACACACCAAAGUUGAAUGCUAGGACAUGUGUUAAAAAGUGCAAAGAACUAGAAUUUAAAUACGCUGGACUUCAAUUUUCUUAUCUUUGUUUCUGUGGAAACACUUACGGAAGAUAUGGAGAACUUCCGGAAGACAAGUGCUCCAGCGAAUGCAAGAGUAAACGAGAUUCGUUUUGUGGAGGUCACUGGAGUAAUUCGGUUUACAAGACAGGUGAGUUUUAG